AUGGUGAUCUACCGUGUUGUGGUACAUCAGGAAGGCUUCUUCCUGUCGGGCGAUGCCCACCGAACCUCCAUCCAAUUGGUGGGCAGUAAAGGAGCCAGUGAUUGCGUUCCAUUGGCUGAGCGCUCAAUUUGUCAUAUUUUGAAGAAUGUUUGUUGCUGCUGCAAAAACAUCGAGCAAGCAGAAUAUGAAGUGAGCUGUCCUGCCAGUCUAGGAGCUCUUCUAUUGGUCCGUCUGGAAGCUCCUCCCACCACAACCAGCGUGUGGUUUUGUUCCAAGGUUACCGUGACAACACCAGAGGGCAGAGUCUUGCUCUUUCCUUGCUAUCGAUUUGUCCGCUGCUCUACCGCACUCGCCCUCCGGGAUUCUAUUGCUAAAUUUGUGUUUGACGAUGUUCGACCGAUCGAACUAGAGCAAAGGAUAAACGAACUGAUGUACCGCAGACAAACUUACAGGUGGAGUUGCUAUGACGACAGUCUACCAGAGUCAAUGAAAGCUGAAGAUGUGACAUCACUUCCUGCUGAGGUUCGCUUCUCUGUUGUCAAGGCAACAGACAUGAUCCUGACUGUCAGUGAAGCACUGGUGGAACUGGGCCUGGACAGCCUUCUGUUUGCAGACCAGACCUGGACCAGUUUCCUGCAGAUCCACCAGGUUCUCCAAUCCAAAAUGAGCCCAACCUGCAGAUUGGUGGAGCGACUCUGGAAGGAUGAUUGGUUCUUCGGCCAGCAGUUCCUGAAUGGUGCAAAUCCGACUCUGAUUCGCCGCUGUUCCGAACUCCCUUCCAACAUGGCCGUUACCGAGGAGAUGGUGAGGUCAUCACUGGAGGGCGGGGCUAGCCUGCAACAGGAAAUGGAGAGGGGAAACAUCUUCCUGGUGGAUUACCGGCGACUCGACGGCCUCACGCCUAAUAUGGUCAACAAGAAACAGAAUUACAUCACAGCACCGCUUGUCCUGCUCCACCUCAACAGCAAGCACUUCCUGCUUCCCAUCGCCAUCCAGCUGAAACAGGCUCCAGGUGAAGACAACCCUGUUUUCGUGCCUCAGGAUCUGGAAUUUGAUUGGCUGACAGCGAAGACCUUUGUGCGUGCUGCUGAUUUCGCUGAGCACGAGCUUCACGCUCACUUCCUGCGCACACACAUGAUGUCAGAGUUGUUCGCCAUGGCAACGCUGCGUAACUUUCCCAUGGCGCACCCACUGUACAAGUUGCUGAUUCCUCAUUUCCGUUUCACUUUGGAAAUCGACACUCUUGCUCGAAACCUGCUGAUUUCUGAUGGUGGCACACUCUCCACGUACACGGCGGUGGGCGGUCCUGGCAUGCUGGAGUUCCUGCGGAGGGCAUCAGCCGCGCUGACUUAUCAUGACCUCUGUUUACCUGAUGACAUCACAAGGCGGGGCCUGGAGUCCAUUCCCAAUUACUAUUACCGUGACGAUGGUCUGCAGCUGUGGAACAUCAUCCACCGGUAUGUGGAAGGCGUGGCCAGCUACUAUUACCAUGACGACAGUGAUGUCAUAAGGGACUCGGAGCUGCAGAGCUGGAUCAAUGAGAUCAUCGUCUUCGGUCACCUGAUCGACGAGAAGAAAGGUUUCCCAAAAUCUUUCACAUCGGUGUCAGAGCUGACGUACUUUGUUACCAUGGUGAUCUUCACAGCGUCAGCACAGCAUGCCGCAGUCAACAACGCACAGUUGGAUUAUUUUGGCUGGAUGCCCAAUGCCCCUGUUGGCCUGCAGUUACCCCCCCCAUCCACCAAGGGGCUCUGCAGCGAGAGCAGUUUACUGGCCAGCUUCCCUGAUGUGAACGCCACUGUGCACGGCCUCGCCACCGUCUACCUGCUGAGCAAGAGGCCGACAGAUUAUGUCCCGCUGGGCAGCUCAGCAGAACAACAUUUCACAGAGAACUUUCCUGUGGAAAUGGCAGCCCGUUUCCGUAGCGACCUGAAGCGCCUCAGCUAUGAGAUCCAAGUGAGGAACAUUGGCCUGAUGUUGCCGUAUGUUUACCUGCAGCCACACAAUGUGGAGGACAGUGUUGCUCGCUAAAGUUAGCUUAGCAUCUGUAGUUUACUACUAUUUGCUUGACAUUG